UUUUUCGUCAAACCACUAUCGAUAACUAUUUAUGUAAGUUGGAGAAGGUCGUCUCUUGCUUUCGGCAACGUGAGUUCUCGGGUUUUAUCCCGGUUGUGUGACUGCGUAGUACCUACAUAUUCCGUAGUGGAUUGUGUGGAAACGAGCCGCAGUAGCCAAAUUCUUAAAGUAACCGACAGUCAAAAUGUCGCUCACCAGCUUGUAUAAACGUGCCCUAGUCAAGUAUCCCGUGUUGGUGCAAUCGGUGCAAUCCGGCAUUCUGAUGGGAACAGGCGAUAUUAUCGCGCAAACUAUGGUAGAGAAACGAACCAUUGGAACUAUCGACGGGAUGCGAGUGUUCAGAUUCUUUGGGAUUGGAUUUUGCAUCGGCGGCCCUGGUCUGCGUAAAUGGUAUGGUGUAUUGGAUAAGCACGUCACCGGCAAAACGAAGGCGGCUGCUACCUUCAAAAAGGUAGCACUCGAUCAGUUGAUCUUUGCUCCGAUCUUCCUGGGCACACUUAUCGGUACGAUUGGCGUUCUUCAAGGCAACAAUAGGGAACAAAUCGAACGUAAACUCAAAAACGAGUAUCCUGACAUUCUAUUGACAAACUACUACAUCUGGCCCUGGAUCCAGCUGACCAAUUUCUAUCUUGUGCCAUUGAACUACCAAGUGCUACUGGUACAGGCUGUUGCCGUAUUUUGGAACACGUAUCUCUCGUGGAAGACAAAUUGCAACGAUACGACCAAAGUGUUGGCCAUUAAGUCGGAAGCCGUCGUAGCGGAAGAAUCGAAGGAGAAUGCCUUCUAAAAAAGGAACCUGUGUUUGGUGACCGCGCGAUUGGUGCCAA